UAGGCGAAAAGAUUGUCUCACAGCGAUCAACUCGAACUAGUGGGAACUGUCGCGGUUAUUCCUCGUUUCCAUUAUAAUAAGGCGUUUUGUUUCCCCGGGAAUCGCUUAUCAGUUUCCGAGUGGUAGUUUGUUUAUAACAGGCGUACCGCCUACGUGGUUCGACAGUUCGAGAGAAAAUGGCAGCCGACGCGCCCCCAGCGCCGCCCAAGAUCAAGAUCCUCCGCCUCGCCCACGUCUACUACAAGCAUAAGAAUAUCGCUGCGGCGGAGCAAUUCCUCAAGGACUUUGGGUUUCUGGAAACCGAGCGCGUGGGCAAGAAGAUCUUCUACCGCGGAUACGGGUCCGAUCCGUUUGUGUACUGCGCGGAAGAGGGCGAGGAGGAUGAGUUCGGUGGGACGGGGUGUGUGGUCGAGUCGAUGGCGGACCUCGAGCUGGCGACCAAGACGAUCGAGACGGCGAGUCCCAUCUAUGACUUGAAGACGCCUGGUGGAGGGAAGUGCGUCACGAUUAAGGACCCGGUGGAUGGGUGGCCGAUGCAUUUGGUGUUUGGCCAGACGCCCGUGGAGCCGAGUGCCGAGUUUGGCUAUCUGGAUUUUAACUUUCCAGACGUGAAGCCGCGCAAGAACAAGUUUCAGAGAUUCGAGAAAGGCCCCGCAAUCGUCCACAAGAUCGGCCAUUUCGGAAUGUGCGUGACGAACUUCGCAAAGACGUACGAGUUCUAUACCACAAAGUUCAACUUUGUAGCGAGCGAUCUCCAACACGAAGGCGACGGCGUAAACGUCCUCGCCUUCAUGCACAUCGACCUCGGCGAGGAAUUCACAGACCACCACUCCUUCUUCAUUUUCCAGGGACCCAAGAGCCACGUCCACCACUCCUCGUACGAAGUCCAUGAUUUCGACACCGAGGUGCUGGGCCACGACUGGCUGCGGCAUAAGGGGUAUAAGAACUGCUGGGGCGUGGGGAGGCAUAUUUUGGGGAGUCAGAUAUUUGACUAUUGGUUCGAUACGUCUGGAUUCAUUCUGGAGCACUACGUCGAUGGGGAUCAGGUGAACUGCCACCAUGAGACGAAGGUCUCGCAGGCUGGGCCGGAUGGGCUGCAUGUUUGGGGUCCUGAUCUGCCCACUGGAUUCUUGCAGUAGGUGUUGUAGGCUUAGAUAGGGGUGGAGGAGAGGGUUUCAUCAAGAGGAUGGGUCGUUGGUAGGUACACAUAGACUGUAUGCAAGACCUGUCAAAUACAUGUUACGAG